UCUGCUAAAAAUCGCCAAAAUAAGUCCAGCUACCCGGCUGAAACUCUUCUUUCCCGAUAGUUGCCGCUGUUCGCUAAUGGCGGAUUCCGCUCCAUGUGUCAUGCAAUUUCAGUGAAAUUUGUUUGUGCGUGGAAAAUUACAUUCGUUCAUUGUAUCGCGUGCCGUGAGUGAUAAGCAGCGUGCUGGGGGCAAGCGUGGGUACUCAGGUGGCAUUUUGGUAUAUAAAUGCGUCCGGAUUAUUUUCCAAUCUCGGGCCACUUCUGAUAGCGUGCGGCGAGGCGAGAGCUGAGGAAUAAAUUGCCGAGUGUGCUGAAAUCACGGGAUAGGACUUGUGACUGAGAUGACGACCGGGAGCACGGGAUCAACGUUCCCCAAGUGGCAAUUGGCCAUCAUCCUGGGGGCGCCGGUGGCUCUCACUCUGGGCUACCUGUACUACCGGCGACAGACGCACAGCGAGAGCGAAGACAGGAAGAAGAAGCUCGCGAAGGCGGACAAGUCCGUCUCCAUAGACGGCGACGAGGCGAAGGAGCACCUGAAUGGGCCCACCAAGGUGGAAGCGGCGGCGAAGCAGAGCCCACUGGAAGUGGCGAUGGAGUUCAAAAACCGCGGCAAUGAGAGAUAUAGACUGGGGAAAUUCGACGAGUCCAUCGAUUUCUACCGGCAGGCCAUCGAGGCGUGUCCGGGCAGCAACACAGUGGAGCUGGCCACGUUCUACCAGAACAGAGCCGCAGCCCACGAGCAGCUGAAGCAGUGGUCAGCUGUGCGCGAGGACUGCACAAGGGCGCUAGGCCUCAAUCCCAAAUACGUCAAAGCGUACAAUCGACGAGCGAAGGCUCAUGAGCAGCUGAAGGAUCUCUCGCAGAGCCUGGAAGACAUCACGGCCACAUGCAUUCUCGAACAGUUCCAGAAUCAGUCAUCAAUUGCCUUUGCUGAUCGGGUGUUGCGCACGCUGGGCGCUCAUCACGCCACCGAAGCCAUCAAGGAGCGCAAACCUGUGCCUCCAUCGUCGCAUUUUGUCUCCUCCUUCUGCGAGGCCUUCUCCUGUGAUCCCCUGAAGGACAUCGCCGUGGCAGCCAUCAAUCCACGUGGCUUCAUGCUAGCCAAGACAGAGUUUGACCAGAGGAACCUGGACAAGGUGAUUCCGGCGUGCACAGAAGAGCUGCAGAAUGAGAACAGCGAAUACAGGGCCUUGUCCCUGUUGCUACGCGGCACGAUGUACCAGCUGAUGGGCUUGUUCACGGAAGCCCUGGAGGACUUUGCCACUCUCAUUGGCGACAGCACAGUCAGCGCCAAGAUCCGCGUCAAUGCGCUGGUGAAGCGUGCCUCCAUCAAAGUGCAGCUGGACAAUAUAGAGGAAUGCUUUGAUGACUUCAGCGAGGCCCAGAAGAUCGACUCCGCCAAUCCAGACGUGUACUACCAUCGUGGGCAGAUGUAUGUGCUGCUGCAGCGCCUGCAGGAGGCCGUUGAGGACUUUGAGCGCACGAUAGAGUUGGUGCCGAACUUUGGAAUGGCGUACGUGCAGAAGCUGUAUGUGGAGUAUCGGAAUGCCUUGAUGGCGGAGGAUCCUGUCAGGUCGUUCCAGCUACUUGAGAAGUUCCGUGACGCCAUGGAGCGCUUUCCCAAGUGCGUGGAGUGCUACAGUAUUAUGGCUCAGAUCCUCACAGAGCAGCAACAGUACAAGGAGGCCGACCAGUUGUUCGAGAAGAGCAUCAAAAUGGAUCCCGGCAACGCCACUCUGCUCGUUCACCGUGGAAUUCUGCACCUGCAGUGGCGCGGCGAUGUGGAGACUGCCCUGAAAUACCUCCAGCACGCUAUUGAGGUGGACGACAAGUGUGAAUUCGCUUUCGAGACGCUGGCCUCCAUUGAAGUGCAGCGCGGAAAUAUGGAGAAGGCCAUUGAUCUCUUCAAUGCUGCCAUCAAUCUGGCCAAAUCCGAGACGGAGCUGCGACAUCUCUUCUCCCUCAAGGAUGCCGCCAUCGCGCAGAUGAAUGUGGCCAGCAGGAUGGGAAUGGAGGCGAGCAGUCUGUCGGCUCUCGCGGCCAGUGCUAUGGCCUAAAUCGCCUGUUUAUCACUGUGUAGAGAGAGACUUCUAAUAUAAAAGUCUGGCGCUAGACCACACAUUUCCUCUCCCCACAUUCUUCUGAGACUCCUUACCUCUCCUUUUGUUGUGUAAUUGUAGAGACAUUUUACCCACAACCGCGCAUUUACUUAUACACUUUCAUGUACAGUUUAGUGGAAUUGCUGAGUAGAGUCACAUUAUGGAUUAAUAAAAGCGAGAUGAAGAAGAGUGUUGUUCAAGAAAAACCCGCAUAAAUAAAGAUUUUUCUUUUUAUAAAACCAACUGCUAAAACUUUUCACUUUAUUUGCAUUUUCCACCUGAGAGUUUGAGGGAGAAAAAUCAAUGCUUGAAUAUUUUAUCAAUCCACGACAUAAUUAGCUAUGCCUCGAUAUCUGCCGAUAUGCAAACAGAGAGUAAUUUGAUGGGUAGAUAAAGGGCGCUAAUUGAGGAGGAUCUCUAAAUUGCCGUGUGGAGAGCUCCAAUUUCCCGAUAACGCCCGUCAGAAUGGGGUGAGAUAGCGUGAAAAGUGGUUGGAUAUUAGAGUGGAAAAAUGGUCAAGGAGGAUCGGGAAGAGAGGAGUCUCAAGGCACGCGUCAGGAGGUCAAAAGCCAAUUUUCGUGAGAGAAAUCGCAUGUUCAGGUAAAGUUUUGCAACAAACAGAUAUUCACCCACAUUUCACUAAUCAUCUCUGCACAGCCUCAAUCGCGCUCUCGACAAUCUACGCACAAAAGUACCCUUGAAUCCCACUCUGGCCACUGUGGAACUCGACCAGAAUCACAAUCAGAAACUGUCCAAGAUCGAAACACUUCGGCUGGCGUACAACUACAUCAGCGCCUUGGGACAGAGUCUGGCGUGGGGCCGAAAGCUUCACUAUGAGGAAUUGAUUUACAUUCUGUCCAGAGGAUUGAGUCAAACCACAGUGAAUCUCUUGCGAGCUCGCCUACGCUUUGACUUGGAAUACCAUUUGGCUCAGUGUCUCAUUGAAGACUCUGCAGAUGAGAAUUCCAUGAGAUUCUGGUGCUCCUGCCACUCCUGUGACACCUUCUCGGGCACCUCCAGUGACUCCAGAACGGAUUGGAUGGACUUCGAUGCCUUCGAGUUUCCCCUCUAACAAGCCACCUUUAUGGGAAUGUCACAGACUGGACAAAUCACCUCCUCGUCAGCCUUCAAGAGGAGGAUUUCCGUCAGCACAACGCGAUCAUUGAGAAUCACUUGAUCACAUUGAGAACAAACACCUUCAUUCAGAAUAAAAA